AUGGAUCAGCAACUGACGCUGAAUAUUAUGGCCGCCCUUGACUUGGAACCGAAACCGCUGGGUUUGCAAAGUUAUCCAGAUUCAACACUGAAAAAGAAUGACCAGGGGAGCUGGAAUAGCGCUGUUGAUAAUUCCUCUGGCCAAUUCCACAAGCGACGACACUCAAACAGCACUUUUGAUGAUUCGGCGGCAACCUCAAGAUCAACUUCAAGGUCAUCAUCUCCUAGGCCUAGUUUGCCAUCGUCCACUACUACGCCCAGCUUGUGCACCAACGAAAGUUUUGUUGGGUUCAAUACGACGAGCACACGGCGACCUUCGGCUCUGAGUUGGUUGAGGUCGUCCAUCAGUACAGCUUCAACAUCUACCACGGUCAGUCGUAGGGCUAUGUUUCCAGCGGACUUCCAGACACGUCCUGAGCAUCCGGAAAAGCAUUUCGUAGAUGCUAUCGGAGUAUUUCUCCCAGGAGUUUGCGAUAGAACUCAAUGCACAAAUUCGCGUGCACAUUUCGUCUCGACUUUCCGCUUGUGUGAGCCGAUUGAGUACACCACAGCUCUAGCCGACCACGGUAUAACGUAUACGGACUACUGCCGCUUGGUGACCGCCCUCUCGAACUUCCUCGAUGAAAUUACUUCUGAUUCGAAGCACAAGAAGAAAUCAAGAGACGUGGGCGGGACGACCUCUUCACCACCUCAAAAGAACGUGUUCUUUGACACGACUGAGCAGCUCGACAAAGCUAGGCAACAUGCCGAUGCUCUCAACAGGCUUCUUGAAGAAAUAACGUGGAAUAUCCAAGCAAGAGGCGUUCCAGUGACGAUCAGUGUCAACUCUUUCUCGCUCUUCGCUCCGCAUCGUAUCUCGGAGGCCCAUAUCCAAAUUCUCCACGUGACGCUUGAGCAGAUGCUCCAAGCAGGACUUGAACCCGAUAUUACUCCAGGAGUAGGAACAACAGACCCAAAUGAGGAGGAUCGACUAUCAUUCAUCGAUAUGUCCGCAUUGGUGGGGUUCGAAGAGAGAUCGCUACUGUCGAAGCUCGAAGGUCAAAUAGUAUCUGCUUCGACUCACACAAAGGAGCCCAGACACCAACACCAGCGAACAAAGAUACGCGACCGUUCGAGGCCGGCCCCCCUGUGGCCCAACGCGAUUCCUUCGCGCAAACGGCCAAUCAUGAGCGCCAAUGCCGACCGGUAUGGUGUAGACCCUUACUUUCGCGCCUGGAUGAGAGCCAAUAUCAAUUCUCGGACACAAACAAACACGUACGCCAAGUACAUGAUCGAGCAGGAGGACGAUAUCUUUGUCAACAAGAGACUAGAGUACACAGUGUCGACGUCUAGGGGUGCUUUGAUAAUGGACGUAUUGGUAAAUGGAACCCAAGCCUGGAAAGAGCACUAUGCCAGUACGGUGAACAGGACAAAGUACGAGCAUAAUAGAAGAUUGGAGUGCCGCAGAAACGUUGAGCGUGGUUCCAGGUUGAGGAUCCUUCGCUUCGGGUUCAGGCAUUCGAUUUACCCUCCCCAUACGCCAGAGAUGAGCGCCCUCGGCCUCACCAAAGGAGCAUACCAGACUAUCAUAUCCAACAUCGAAUCCAUCCAAACGCAUGCUCAAUUAAGUACUCAUGAUUCGCGUCUGUCAUGCUUGAUGGCAUCGCUGAACAAGCUUCGGAGGCGGGGUACCGAAGAUGCCUUGAUGAAAGUGAGCGAGUAUCUCCGUGAACUGAACGCCUCGCAACGGCGCAUUGUCUGGACAAUCGAGAAGAUACCGGGAGUCUAUGACCGAGGACUUGCCAGAGACCGGACAGAAUGGGAAAUCAGUGCGUGGAAUGGGGAGGAUCCACUCGAGCUGGUGUUACAGUUGGAGAAAUGGGGCAUCAUUGAGAAUCGACUGGGGGUUGAUGACGACGAAUGA